CGAAUGAUUGUAUUUUCAUUUAAGGAGCUACAUCAGCUACAUCAAAAACAUAAGAUGUUGUUGAGACACAUCUGUGCUCGCCUAAAAUCAACUUUAGUUUUAUUCAUAUCAAUAUUCAAGCGUGCACUAUGCUGUUUCUCGCGUAAACGUAGAGAUUCAUUUUCAGAAUGCGAAAUGUUGAGUUCUGUUAAUGUUGUAUCCGAAAGUUCAUCAACAAGGCGCAGGAGUGAGGCCGACCGAGAUUGGAAUUCUUGGGAUGAUGCACCACGAACGGUUGAUGAACAUAUUGAACUGUAUCGACAGAAAUUAUCUUUACAAAAUUCACCACCAGCGGACCAGACCAAAGAACCGGAUUUUUUUCAGGAUAUGACACCGAAAAUAAUCAAACAACAAAAGGUCUUGCUCCAAAGUGACAGCGACAUUCCAACAAAUUUUUCACGGCUACAAGCAACGACUGCAAAUAUACCGGCCAUUGGGGCUGACUUGGAAGACUGGACGGACGACGAUCAGCCGAGUGUUGCGUGGGAGGAACUGAAUGAUGAACACACCAAGCACAUAAUAAGAGAAAAGCGAAAAGAAUUGCGUGCUCAAAAGCAACAACAAAAACAAAAGGCGUCGAGUAGUUCGAUGAAGAAUCAACCGAUUUUACUGGCAGAAAGAAUAGAUUCUCGGAGAUCCUAAUUUGCCGGACAUUAUUUGUGUGAUUGAUUCAAAGUCAAGAACGGAUAGAAACUAUUUUACGUGCACCUACUACACAAAACAAUGAACAAUUGAAACAUGAAUUUGUAACACGAGUGAUGUAAUUGAAAUACGGCUUCAGUAUUUUUUAAUAAAUUUGUUCAGUUUUGCAUA